AUGGAGCACGAGUCCUCAUCUGAUUCCGAAAAUGCACCCUUUUUACGAAACACAGAGAUGAGACCGAGCCGACCUUCGUCAAGCAGAGUAGUUACGUACUUCUGGCCAGAAAUCCGCAAUAUCUUCAGCUACUUAAAGGCUGCUCUGGUACAGAUUCUUUCCGCAAUAUCUUAUUACCAGACAGCAGACCGGUCAAGCGAAGAUAUAUCUCAAUCAUUUCCUCUAGCAGCAUCAGAUGCGUCAACCGCCAUGAAAGUCCUUAACCCCCUUUUCUUCAUUUUAGCCGCGUCCAAGGUUGCGCGCGCACUUCCAGCGGAAGAGAAUAUUCGUCUAAGUGGAGAGAUUGCAGUAUUUGAUCCAAAUUCCUUGCCAGAGCUGGCACAGAGCAUGAGUGAGGAGCAUCACGCUCUCAUAAGACUUGAAAAGCGGGCAACGUGCGAAACAAUAAAUAAGGUUAUCAGAAGAAUUGGCCACAAUCGGCAUAAGCUUGCCUAUAUUGUCUAUGGCAGCGGGCUUGCGUGGGCGAUAUGUGGGCUUACCGGGCAUGAUGAAUGUGACAAGGUCGGAGGAGCCGUCCUGUUCACUAUGGGUCUUAUCUUCACUGCCGCAGCAGACUACUCAGGCGCAGACCCUGUUCCUGUGCCAGAGCUACCUGGGGCCAUGAAAGUACCCAGUUAUCAGGCAUCCUUGACUGCUGCGUUGUCACAGAGUGACCUCGAGUAUACAGCCAUCGACCCAGCACCGCUACAGGAGGCUCCCGAAAAGCGCAGCGAAGACGAGCCUCAUCUGCUCGAGCGGUUCCUGAUCCGGGGCUUGCGACCGGUCAGCAAUGCUACUGCUCAGAGUGACACUGACGGUCAAGAUAUCUUUGUGCACCACUACGACAAUGGCGGAACUGUACUUCACCUUCCGAUCGGUAGGGAGAGUCUGUCGGCGGAAAAGCUCAACAAAAAAUAUGAUCACCCAGGUCUCAAGAUCUCUUUUACUACGCGCCGGGUGUCUAAGAUGUCCAGACAGCAUCAAACUGAUAUGGCCAGCGGGAUCGCUAGCAUGUGGGAAUACUAUGCCAGAACCACUCCCAUGAACGAGUAUAUCGGAUUUGUAGAGACAGGCCACCAUGCCAAUUUCUACUUUCGCAUUAUCCCUGAGCUAAAGGGAUUUGGCACAAAUUAUGAAAGUGUUGAUGUGUGUGGUGGCAUGGCCGGAAUGCUCUAA